AUGGGACGUGGUCUGCCAGGCAACGUGCCUGGGAACGAGUACGGUUGUUGUAACGAUGAGGAGUUACACCAAGUUCUUUUUAACCCGGUCCGCGAGCUGGGAAGACUAUUCGUGUAUCGUCGCCUGGGGUAUUCUGUCAUUUCCUUCGAGGCUGAUAAGGUGGGCAGCGGCAUUCAUCAAAUAGAUGUUGCCAAGGAUGAUCUCGUGAGAUACGCCCAGCUCGCCAACGCGUCGCAGAUCAUGUACGGCCCAUUGAUAUUCAUCACCAAACUCUCCAUUCUGCUACUCUACCUCCGCGUCUUCGCCCCGAACCGAAAGAGCUGGCUGUACAUGUUUAUCCAGCUCCUCUUGUGGUUCAAUGCCGCUUUCUACCUGGCGGACACCCUCAUUGAAAUUUUCGAGUGUGUGCCUCGGGAGCGGAUCUGGAACCCAGAUUCCCCAGGGAAGUGUGUGAAUAUACAGACGAUGAUCCUGGCCACGGCCGUGAUCAACACCGUCUCCGAUAUUUCCUUGCUUAUCUUGCCGAUCUUCUGUGUGUGGCGCCUGCACAUGCGGACAGCUCAGAAAUUCGGCAUUUCGGCUGUCUUUGCUGCUGGUCUCUUUGGGUGUUUCGCCAGCAUCAUGCGGCUUGUGAUCAGCAUCCAAAACGGCAACACCCAGGACAAGACACAUGACUGGUUCCCGGAAUUUCUCUGGACAUCGGCCGAAAUUUGCGCCGGUAUCAUCGCCAGCUGUCUCCCUGCCAUCCCAUCAUUCUUUCGGCACGUCGGACGGAAAGCAGCCACCGUCAUAAGCAGCGGUAACCACAGAAGCAAGUCCAAUAAUGGAUAUGGUAGUUCGUCCAAGAGCCAGCGAUGGAGCUCCAGAAAGCGGCUUGGGUGGAAUAGUCAUGGGGAGAACAAUUCGCAAAGCGAUUAUAGAGAGCUGGAUGAGAUACAAGGAUGGCAAGGCGGGCACAGCGAUCGAGGGACGGAAAGUCACAUUCGGGCAGGUGAUAUCGCCAGCGAUGAGGUGUCUAAUGCAGAAAGCGGGAUCAGCCGGAUGGGUAUUUUGAAGACGGUAGAUGUUGAGGUAGAAGAGGCAUCGAUACGAUGA